GACUGGACCAGCCUGAUGCGUUUCUCUCCCGCCCCCCGCCCAGACAAAGGGCUGAAAUGCCCCGUCUGCCUGCUGGAGUUCGAGGAGGACGAGGGCGCCAAGAAGAUGCCCUGUGAGCACCUCUUCCACUCGGGCUGCAUCCUGCCCUGGCUGGGCAAGACCAACUCCUGCCCCCUGUGCCGCCAGGAGCUGCCCACGGACGACCCGGAGUACGAGGAGUACAAGAAGGACAAGGUGGGCGCCUGGCAGCCGCUGGCCAUGCGGGAGCCGGGGUGGGCAGUGGGGUCCCCUGCAGGGCUCCGCUCAAGGCCUACCAACUCCUGCCCCCUGUGCCGCCAGGAGCUGCCCACGGACGACCCGGAGUACGAGGAGUACAAGAAGGACAAGCAGCAGUCCUAG